AUGAAAGUGGACAGCCUUCUGUCUCCUCGAAGUGCGUUCAGCACUGAAAAUGACCCCUGUGGCUCCGUUGAGAGCGUCGCAAAUGAUGUGGCAUCCGCCAGCGAUGUUGUUGUCGCGUAUCCUCAACCUGGAAAGCGAUGGAGCAGAAUUAUUGCGGGGCCUGAACUGGUUGGGAUGUCUUUGAAAGAAAAUCAGAUUAAGGAUGGGAAGGCUCUGUGUAUAUAUGGUCAUUGUUUCGACGAUGGAAUCAUCGACUACAUUACAAACGAAGUCCUUCCGGAGGCACGAGUGCUAACAAAGGUGGAAAUAGCUGAGACAAAGUUUAGCAGCGCAGGUAUGAAGAUUCUCUUGAGGGCUCUCUGGACAAAUUCUCCAUGUGAGCAAAUGGAGGAACUUCUGCUUCAUGACGUGCAUCUCCACUUUGAGGAAACUCUACAGCUAAAAGAAGUUAUUAUGAAGAAUCGAAAGUGCCUGCGGCGUUUGGUUCUGCAACGUUGUCACAUGGACGAUAGCGCGGCUGAACCCAUUGUUCAGGCUAUUUCGCACUGCGAGCAACUGCGGGAAGUGAACUUCUUGGAUAACAACAUAGUUCACGCACUGGCUAUCCCCACGGAGAGGGAGGACAUUUUUCCACCAACGCUGCAAAUUUUUGACAUCAGCGGUAACCGUAUAGAGCCAAAACACUUCACUGGUUUGGGCAAUGCGCUCCGUCGUUGCAUGGCAAACCUUCAUGAAGUUUACUUGGCUCGUUGCUGUGUCACGGAGAGCGGACUAAAGACGCUGCUGUGCGGUGGGCUUUACAACUCACAGGUUCUUUCGGUGCUGAAUGUAUCGGCUGGACGACUUUUGCAUACAGCUGGUAAGGUGCUUUCGUCGGUCAUAUCAGAAUGUCCCAACCUUCAGCGAGUGUACAUGCAGGACAAUCUCCUGGAUGUAGAGGGGGCUGCUCAAAUUGCUUUGGUUAUUCCCUACGCUAAGAAACUUACUGUAUUGGGAAUGGGAAGGUGUCACUUGGGAGGUCGAGGGGCGCGUUAUAUUGCAGAAGCUGUGAAACAAAGCGCAUCACUUCGAGAAUUGGACCUCUCUGGAAAUGGUGUGACGGAUGAAGAUGUACAUCGGAUAUGCGCUUGCAAUGAUGAUGCGUCUUUUCGACUUUCAUAUCUUGAUCUCUCUGAUAAUCCCCUCACGGAGGACUGCCGCUGCUCUCUCGAAACCCUUCUGGAACACCAGAAGGAUAAUUCAUGCAUUGUUGUCGUGCGUGGUACGGGGCUUGCGGUCGUGUCUUCUUAUAUGGAAUAUCAUAAUAAGCCCACACCUGGAUAG